UGGAAUUUUCUCAUCCAAGUAUUACUCUAAAAAAACAAAAACCCAUUUCCUCUCUCCACGCAUUUCCACGGGUCUCAAAAAUAAAUUUUAAAAAAUGCUUUUCCUCUUCUUCACUUCAUUCAUUGCCAUACACCGGUCGUACUUUCCAAAAAAAUGUCUUCAAUUUCAAGACUUUUUGACUCUACACGCUUCAAAUUCAAUAUUAGUUCUUCUCCUAAGCUUAAUAAAUCUUUAAACCCAAGGUAUUUCCUUCAAUUCCGGACCAGCAAACCAAGUUUUUCUGGAGGAUUCUUGGCCAAGCGAGCCGGAGAGCGGGACUCUCCCAGAACCAUGAUUAAAACUACAGAUAUUAAGGACUCUAGGAACGGAGAUGAUGGUCUUCAAGUGCUUGAACAAGAAGCUUUCUUUAACGGGCCAGUACGGCUUCAAGGGUUGGAGCCCGCCUUAAAUCGUCUGAGCAAGUGGCUGGUGUCGGCUUUGUUCGGUGGGGUGAUUGUGUGGCGGCAUGACGCGGAGGCUUUGUGGAUGGCGAUGGGGUCGAUUGUGAAUGCGCUGCUGUCAGUUGGGCUGAAACGGGUGCUGAAUCAGGACCGGCCUGUUGCUGGGCUUAAAUCUGACCCUGGGAUGCCAUCGUCUCAUGCUCAAUCCAUUUUCUUCACCGUCAUGUUUACCAUAGCUUCAAUUUUGGAAUGGCUGGGGGUUAAUGAACUUUCAGUGAGCAUCAGCUUUCUUGCUCUGGCAUUUGGUUCAUAUUUUUCAUGGCUUCGAGUGUCACAGCAGCUUCACACGAUUAAUCAAAUUCUUGUGGGGGCUGUCGUAGGGUCGAUUUUCUCAAUUUUGUGGUACAUAUCAUGGGAUGCUGUUGUUUUGACAGCAUUUAAUUCCUCAUUGUGGGUACAGGUAAUUGUUCUUUUGGCUUCUGCUGGAUUUGGCCUAGGCUUUGUUCUAUACGUGAUUCAGUAUUGGCUCAAGGAUGAAAGAUCAAUGAUGUAAAUAGAUCAAUUUUAUGCAGAUGAAAUUCCGUAGAUGUUUUACAUUAACAAAUAAAAAUGUUGUCUGAAGCUUACUGAACUAAUACAAGUAAUUUGACUCGUUCAUUUCAAGAGUUUCAAACUCAUCUGUGGCAAUUGUCUGUCAUGAUGGAAAAACAUACAAAUCAUACCAGGAAGGUGAUUCUGUAGGCAAUGGUAACCAAAUCAAAUUAAAUCAAACAAAGGAGAAAAAUACAAAUUACUGUAGAUCAAUUUGGUCAUAGUGCUUCACUUCAACCUUUUUAAAAACUGAAAACUGUCACAAUAUUCUUGUGCGAUGCUUUGGGACACUAGUAAGAAGGAAGAAAUCAUCAUCAGAUGUUAGAUACUGCUGCACUUGACUUCUUGCCCUGUUUACAUACUGUUUCUUUCCUCCAAAGCUGUCAUAGUUAUUAGCUAAGCUCAGGAUGAGCUUGAUUCGAUACCUUCUUGCCUCAGGCUUUUCAAAAUCUAAUCCCUGUAAAACAUUCCAAAAAUAAAAAGAUCUAAAUCGUAUCUAUAUCAUGAACUUUAAGGAUUUAAAGGUGCACACGUUUCUAGUGAAGGAAAAGUGAGAACUUGUUAUCCCUGGAGGUUAGGAAACUUUCUCUGGUUAAAAUCAGAGAAAUAUGAAGAGCAAUUAGCUCCAUUAUUGGAGCUCGGAUUUAAAUGCUGUUGCUCUGCUUGUUGAUAGCUUCAAUGAAACUGGUCCUCCAUAGGACAAUUCAUGAUUUCAUUAGUUUAUCCUUGGAUCCAGCCUCGAAUAAAUAAAACGCAGCGUCUUGGAACCAUCAUUGUGCUUUUUUUCAUUUGUUUUUGAAAAACCCUUCUGAUUGAUAGGAUUUGAUCUUUAACAAUAUUUGGGUUUUUUAUUUUAUAUAUUGAGAAAUGAAAAAAUUUCAAAAUCAACUCUUGAAAUUUUAAGAAAUUAAAAUUAAUCAUAAAAUCAGAUAUUCAGAUUUUUUUUUUACAAUUUCCG